GUCAAAUCAGUACAUCUGGCGAAUUCAACAAAAAAAAUACGUGGACAACGUGCUGUGAACGACGCACCUGUACAUUCUAGAAAUUUCACAGAACGAAACCAAAAAGUUAUCCGUUGGGGUCCGUCACGGUACGAAAAAGACGCACAAGAAUUGGAACGGAAAGUCUUGCAAAAAUACACACAGGUUUCGAGGUUUCAAUAUUUGUGCGUUUACAAAUAAUCAGCACUGUUGUAGUGUCCGUUUUACUUCCCUUUUCUCUUGUUUAUCUUGUUUCUAACUUUUCACUUCCCCUAUGUGCGAAUGGAGCCGUCCAGCCUUGGUGGAUACUUCAGUUGGGUCGUCCACCAAUAUUCCUUGGUAUUUGCCGAGCGGUUCACGCUCGGGUGGCUGUGUGCUAGGAGGCUCUCUUUCGGUGCAAGGUGUAGCUUGUUCCUUUUCUCAUCACCAAAAUGGCGAUUUUACCCUAUUCCGCUAGUUUGGUGCUAUAUCUGUCAACAUUUCUGCUGAUUCUGGCUAUAUGUGAAGGACGACCACAGCCCCCAGAGUUCACCAGUUCCUUCACAUCGCCAACUAGUAUCAGAGUGGAGUGGGACGACCCAAUCCUUGACCCUGGAGCCGUGGUCAGAGGUUACCGCAUACAGUACAAGCUGGGCCAAAAUGGCAAACUGAUCAAACUGAAGUUGAAUGCCCGUGUUGGCAACUCCUAUGAUAUUGAUGGAUUGACCGAGUCAUGUGGGGAUUAUUUAAUCCGUAUGUCUACGGCUUCUUCCAAAGGCUUGAGUCGUUACAGCAGCUUCAAUCAAGUUGACAGAUUACUUUCUGGUCCACAAAAUCUCAAUGCCAUCCCGUCCAGCACAUCAGCAAGAGUCACCUGGUCCCCUCCAUCCAACGGCUUCUGCAUCACCGGUUACCAGCUGAAAUACGGCCCCAAUGAGAAUGAGCUGCAGUCGAUGGACCUUCCCACUGAACUGAACCAGUAUUUACUGUCAGAUCUGCUGCCGGGUACCAGUUACAUUUUGACUCUAGCAGCCGUUGCCAAUGGGGAAAUUAGUGAAGAGGCUUACUUCCAGUGGUAUCAAGCCGGACCCCCUAGUGCACCAGCUAACCUAAAAGCUACCCCAUCAACCACUGAGACUGCUGUUGUUAUGUGGAGUCCUACUUCCUCUAGUGUAACUCGCUAUGAGUACCUUUAUGGUCCCAUGGGAUAUUCAGACAGUGAGGUGACUGCUGGCUAUGUGGGGCCUAGCACCACAUUGGUUGAGCUGAGUAGUCUGACACCAGGAGAGGAAUACGUGUUCAAGGUCGCAUCUGUCAAUAGUGUAGGACAGAGUGAACCUGUUACAGUGACAUGGACCCAGCCUGCUCCGCCACCUGUAGUUGUUCCUAGCAAGCCUAUUCCUGCUGCUCCUGGCCAAGUCGAUAUAGAAAUCACAUCAGCCGAAACAGCCCUGAUCACCUGGACAAGGCCUGAGGGGGAUGUAGAGAUCACUGGCUACAUUGUGGGCUUUGGCCUAGCUGGAUCAGAUGCCAGUGAGCUGACAUUGUUCAGUGUGGGUCCUGAUGAUACAGAGGAAGAGUUGGAUCAGUUGAAGCCUGGCUCAGACUAUAUGGUCACUAUACAAGCCUACAAUGAUGUAGGAGAUGGAGAGAUACUAGCUGCAGACUGGCAUCAGGAAGCACCGUCAGUACCACUGAGCAUUCCAUCCCCACCCCAGGGGGUCUUGAGCUACAGCCCCUCCCCUAACACCAUCAUUGUUAGGUGGAUAAUUACAGAGGAGGAUGCAGCUGAGCAGAUAGAAGGGUACCGUGUCACUUAUGGUCAAGAUGUUUCAGCCAGCGACAGCAGCGUGGAAGUAGGACCUCUAGAAGAAUCCAUUGAGAUACAGAGUCUGCAACCAGACACAUUCUACUACAUAAAGGUGCACAAGUUCAAUGCCGCUGGACGUGGUGAAUCCGUAUCCAGGAGCUUACAGACAUUGCCUCCUCCCCCAGAAGAGCGUUGUGCUCAGCAACAGCAGUGCAUCCGACAGUUUAAUGUGUCUCGUUCCCGUGGUGAUGGAGCGAUCUGCCCUCAAAUUCUCCAAUACCUCAACUGUCUUCAGCGACUGCAGGAUGCCUGCAUUGAAGAUACUGGCUACCGCAACCGGGUCAAUGGCAUCCGCAACAUGUUCCUGAUGGAAAGUUGCAAUCGAAACUCUGGUAGAACCCCAGAAACCGGUUCCCCAGGACCGGUACGAGUGCCAGGGGGUUUUGGUGCGACUCCAUCGGAUAUCAUUCCUGAAGAGGUUAUUCCACCACCUUCACAGUUAUCAGCAACAGUGCUUUCCUCAACAUCAGCACUCCUAUCUUGGUAUGAUGAGACUCUCGAAUCUUCCCAAGUUGUCACUGAUAGUCGCUUCUACAAUGUUGUGUAUCGCACCCCACUUAACCAAGGCUAUUUAGAGGAACGGACCUCUGAAACCAACUAUGUGGUGGAUUUCCUGCUACCUGGUGUACCAUUUGAGUUUUCUGUCCAGCUGGUCUUGGACCACCAACAAAGAAGUGAAAUGAGCGAAACAAUAACUGUCACUUCCAGGGAUCCAGAACGAGGCGCAAGGCCCGAGAGAUUCUCCGUUACCCAGGUGACUGUGACAGGUCCAACUUCAGCCAAAGUGAUACUGAACUGGCUUCCUCCACCAGAGAGGACGGAUGUCAUGCAAUACAAGAUAGAGUAUACAGACUCUGAAGAAUUCCUUGACCCAGCAACCACUUGGGACAGCUUGACCGUAGAUGGAUCUGAGAUCACCGCUUCCUUGGAAGGCUUAGCGACUGACCGGGAAUAUCAUGUCAGGAUUACGGCCAUAUUCAGCCCUACAGAUAUUGGACCAACCUUGGUUACACCAGCAACCUUUGCCACUCCCGCGGUUCCCCGUCUGCUAAAGCCUCUAAGCAGUGUGAUGAAACAGAGCUAGAUGCAGUGAGACGUCGAGUCAACUUCUUGUGGGAAGGUGUCACCGAUGGUGUACAGCGCUCUCCAUUGUUCGGUGUGCCAAUUCCAUAUUGUGAUGAUGAGUUUGGUGUGGAAGAAUGCCAUGGCCUCUUCUGUUUCUGUAUUCCUGGGAAGAAGCCUCCAGUAUUGAGGGAGCCCCAUUGCUCUGCCAAUGACCCACCAUGCCAUCGUGAAUACAACGCAGCACGCCAAGCUCUCCAUGAAGCUCGACUGAAAGGACAACCAGCUAUGGCUGCUCAGCUUCCCCAUUGCCGUAGUGAUGGCUACUACUAUCCUAAACAGUGCUCUGGAACCAUGUGUUACUGUGUGACUGAGAAUGGAGUUCACACUGGCCAAGAGGUGCCCAUGUGGAAUGCUCCUACACUCUAUUGUGAGUAACAUCUUGCCAGCUAGUCUCUAAUGCCACCUGUGGAUCUAAAUCUGAGAUCCAUGUUCUCUUGACAGUUGUCACUUGACCAGCUUGAGCCCUGCAGGUAGACGUACAUGUACUUAUAACUAAGCUAUCGCUUUUUUUUCAGCUUUAAGUGAAGGUUUUACGGGCAUGUCAUCAGUUGUUUUCUUCAUGGUUUUCAAAACAUGAAGGAAUUUCACUACAAUUUCACUAGCAAAUUAAUGUCUUCUUUAACAACCCUAUGAUGAAAAACAAGGUGUGUUCUCACAAAAAAAUGGAUCAAUUUUGACCGGUGUAAUGUUAGUUUCAAUUAUUUAGUCUGUGACUAACCUACUUUAUCCCACUUUUGUCCUUACAUAUUUGUUAGAGAUGCUGUAUCUGUAGAUUUAUAUUACAAAUGGUGCUACUUUUGUAAAAACAAAAGACAAGACCAAAAUAUACUUUGAUGUCUCGAUAAAACAGAAUCUUGCCAAUAACUUUUUGAUUACUCGAAGGUCAUAUUCUGCCUAUACAGUUUAGUAACAAGUGGUUUUCUAUAUUUCAAGAA